AUGUCGGGUCCCUUUAUGAAUCAAUCUCAAUCUGGCCCUCGCUCUGUUCUUCUUCAGGUAGAAGACCAAUACAACAAGCGAAUUGAUGACGACAUUGCAAAACUUGUUGACUGUUUUGCUGACAUUGUCAAAGUUGGCGAGAACAAAGACAAGGAUAAGUUUAAGGUUGCCCAAGAAGGUUAUCAAAUAGAAAGUCAGACAGCUCAGAUUGUACGAUCUUCAGAAUCAUUACUAGGAUUAAUUACAGAACUUAAACAGCAUUUGCUUCUCAACGAUACUCACACUCUAUCACGACUUUACAAUGAUCGUUCCGAAAUACUAAAGACUCAAAAGCAGGAUAUCCAGGCCACUUUGAUUGAUAUGAAGCGUGGUCUAUCUUCUGCUAUUUAUGAUAUGGAAUCUGUCUAUUAUCGUUCUCUCACGCAGGAAUCUUCUGCAACCAACUCUUUAUAA